CCAGAUCUGUGCUUGGGGUGCAAAGUAGACCGAUGCUCCUCCCCAGUCUGUCUCCUCCUGAAUGUAAACAUGGCCGUUGUGUCCAUAGCAAAGCCUUGGAUAUAAUGCUGCUAGCUAAAUACGACAGUUAUCACUGCUCUAUGCCAGCAGGGUUUACGUUGUGGAGUUCAUCUCCAGUAAAUUAGUGAAUUAACUCACGGUCUGCAGCUAGGCGUUCGCAAAGUUCUGCGAAUGGAAUGCUUGCUAGUUAGCUAAAGCUAGCUAGGUUGUUUGACGACGUAAAAGUUGCUUGCUAGCAGUUAACUACAAGGCUGGCUGGCUACUAGUAACUUGCUCGCGAGGACAACCAGAGCUCGCCAGCACAGCAGCUGUGUUGACACGAAACGAAAGGAGAUACCCAGCAAGCUAUCCCGGCCUGAUCCAUAUGGGGAAAUCUAUCUAAAAAUAUUUACUGUAUUGUUCACUACUUCACAUUUUCAGCAGUUUAUUUAUUUUUGCUGUUAUUGUGCUAGCCAAGGUACAAGUUAGUUAACGUUUGACAUUCUUUUCUCACUGAAAUCAUGGAAGUAUCCAUUUAUCAUCUUUAGUUAUUGGACUCAAGCUAUUAAUAAUGUUUUCUGUGAAGCCCUUGAAACCAACCUUUAAAUCCUACCUUCUGCCUGUUCAGACUGAUCUGAAAAAAACUCCACAGCCACCUAUCAAGAAGUUAGAGGCCAAGUUACUUCCAGGGGAGAUUGUGGUAAAUGAAGUGAGCUUUGUGAGGAAGUGCAUCGGAGCAGAUAGCAGUCAUGGUGACCUGUGGGGGAAGCUGAUAUGCACCAACUUCAAGGUUUCCUUCAUCACCCAUGAUGCCCUCCCCAAACAGAGGUUCCAGGUUGCCAACCGUCUGCUUGGAGAGCACGAUGUUCCCCUUGCGUGUGUGGAGCAAGUGGUGACAGUGAACGAUGCUAAGGGGAAGCAGAAGGUUCUGUGUUCCAACCAGAAGCUGAAGUUUAAUCCCACCGAGCUCAUCCUUUACUGCAAGGACUUCCGAAUCAUCAGGUUCCGCUUCGACGAGGCUGGGCCCCAAAGCGCCAAGAAGGUUUGCCUGGCCAUCGCUCACUACUCCCAGCCCGCUGAUCCCCAGCUGCUGUUUGGCUUUGAGUACGUAGGGAAGCAAUACUAUGGAUCCUUGGGGGAGCGAGUUAAUGGCGUAGAUCCCGGAGGAGGACUGCAGAUGCCCCUGUUUGACCGGCCCUCUGAAUGGGACCGAGAGAUCAAGAGAACAGGUGCAUCAGAGUGGAGGGUGUGCUCCAUCAACGAGGGCUACGUCGUCUCACCCAGUCUCCCAGAGUAUGUUGUGGUCCCAGUGUCCCUGGCGGAUCAAGACCUGAAGCAGUACCUAUGUUUUUUCACUGCUCACCGCAUCCCUUUGUGGUGCUGGAAUCACCCCAACGGGAGUGCCCUGGUGCGCAUGGCCAGCAUCAGUGACCCACUGCAGCAGAGGAAGCUGGACCAGAGGAUCUGUAGUGCCAUAACAAAGAGCCACCCACAGCGCAGUGACGUCCUCAAGUCCGACCUGGACAAGAACCUGCCCAACAUCCAGGACAUCCAGGCUGCCUUUGUCAAAGUGCGGCAUAUCUGUGUCAUCGAGCCCUUUGAGGAGUCUGAGGAGAAGUGGCUGUCGUCCAUGGAAAGCUCUCGAUGGCUGGAGUAUGUCAGGGCCUUCCUGAAGCAUUCAGCCGAGGUAGUCUACUUGCUGGAGGGAAAACAUGUGUCUGUCAUUCUGCAAGAGGAAGAAGACAGGGACCUGAGCUGUGUGGUGUCCUCUCUGGUACAACUGAUGCUGGACCCUCACUUCCGUAGCCUCACUGGCUUCCAGAGCCUGGUGCAGAAGGAGUGGGUGAUGGCUGGCCAUCGCUUCCUCCACCGGUGCAACCAUUUGAAGAAGAAUGACAAAGAGGAGUCUCCUCUGUUCCAGCUGUUCCUGGACUGUGUGUGGCAGAUUAUAAAUCAGUACCCAGCAGCCUUUGAGUUCACUGAGACGUACCUGACUGUGCUCAGUGACAGCAUGUGGAUCCCUGUCUUCAGCACCUUUCUCUUCAACUGUCCCCAGCAGCGCACUGAGAACAGCAUGGAUUUUGCUAAGAGUAAGUGCAUCCCUAUGGGGGAGGAGAAGGCCCUGCGUUUCCCCCCUGUCUGGGACUGGUCACAGCAGUUCACCCCCAAAGACCAGGCCCUCUUCAACAACCCCAUGUAUGUUGGAAAAGGUGCCACCUGUGUUCAGAAUGGAACAGUGAAGUCCUUUAGACGCACCAAGAAAAACUACAGUUCUACACUCCGAGGGAUGCCCUCUUCCCUGAGGAACAUCCUGAUGGACGGCCAUGACAGCCUCACCCUGACCAGGCGGAACUCCCUGGUGCCGCGGCUCAAACCAGACUUCUCCCAGAUCAGAGAGGUGGUGGAGAGCCCAACAGAGCGCUUCUUCAGGGACUGGGUCUCCCGGCCCGCAGACCUACAGGGGAUGCUCAUCCCCCAGCUCCUGCCUUCACACCUGGCCCUGUGGAGGCUCUACUUCCUGCGCUGGGUCCCUGAAGCCAGCAUCCCCAAGGGCGGCCCUGUAACCGCAUACCACAAGCUCUCCCAGCUGGCUGAUGAGGUAGAGAAGCUGCAGAGCCAGCUACGCCAGUACAAGGGGGCCACUCCGGCCAGCACCCCUACCUCCAACCCCAGCGCCCCCCCAUCAGACCACAGCAGGAUGUACUUUAAGGCCGGUUCCACCCACGAGCCCUCUUCAAUUCCAGAGUACCUCAGCUCCUCCUUCCCUUUCUCUCCCGUGGGGAACAUGUGCCGCCGCAGCAUCCUGGGCACUCCUCUCAGCAAGUUCCUGAACGGGGCAAAGACAUGGCUCUCCACUGAAACUCUGGCCAAUGAGGCACUCUGAGGUCCCGUGGCUAAAGUUCUCACUCAAAUCAGUGCUUCGAGUCCAGAAGGGAUGUACUAUCAUGCUAGAGGCCAGAGGCUAGCUCAGUUGAAUGUGAUGAUGUGGCUGUUUGUUUUUGCACAAGAUUAUUAUUCUUUGCUUAAAUCACACAUUCUUCAGGGGUUUGCCAGGGUUGCUCUCUGUAGGAAGUCAAUUUUGAUUUCCAGUUUCACUUUCUAGUUUUAGAUUCAGUUGAGUACGUAGAAGAAUGUUAGUGGAAUAUGAUUUUGUAGUGACAUUGAUGUAGUGCUGAUGACACUUUGCGAAGGAAAAAAGGAGUUAUGAGUUAAAUCUGUGGUAGACACUUAUCGCUUUAUUUGUAUCACUUAAUAUAGUUUAGUUGUAUUUCUAGAGACCUUCUGGUAAGGUCCUGCAUUAUUUCUAGAAUGAAUAAUAACUAAAUAGUGAAAGGAGAAGGGCAGACGGGGCUAUUUACUAUUAGGCCUUCUUGCAGGAAAUGAUCUUCAAUCACACAACACACCAAUAAAAUGCCAGGGAACGAACUGGCACUGGAAAAUGUCUUCACUGUUCGAGACAAUACAUUUGUGGACAUUCAUCAAUCAACUUUUCCCUUGAUGGCUUUGGCAUUGAAAUGCAUCAGUUUCUGGACAUGUAUGUUUUGGAGCUGUGGGCAGUAAAGAACUUCUGGGCAGGCUGGAUACCUGUCCUAUCAUUACUGUACACCCACACAGCCUGAACCGAUGCUGCUAAUGGCUGGACGCCACCUGAACUGAUGCUCAGACAAUCAUCAUAUCUAUUCACCGUAGUCAGGUGAUUUGUUUCAGAGUGGGUUUGAAUUGGAGACAUGUAAGAAGUUGGAAUCUGUUUUCUCUAAUGAGCCCUCAUUGCUCCUUCACCUGAUAUUAACAAGACAAAUCCCAAAUAUGAAGUGAAGCUGUAUGAAAUAACUACUGGUAAUGGUGAUGGUUGUUUGAAUUCUGAGAAGGUGAAAAUAAUAUUGGCAAAUAAUGUACAGUUUUAUUGCUUGAAAUUACUUAUUUUACAAUUUUCUAAUUAUGGUACUCACUGUUUUUUAGCCCCAACUUCUAGUUUAUAUUCCAUUAAUGCACAGCCCUUGUUUUAGUUUACCACUAAUUCACAGCAUUGGUGCACUCAGCAGUUAUUGUAUAACAAUUGUGCUCUUCAUUUGACACAAUUUGAUAUUGAUCAACAGCGCACAUAUUUAUUCAGUAAUGCAAAUGGUCUAAAACAGGAAUGUAGGAAAUUCCUUUUUAGAUGGAAAUUUGGGUUACUUACUGUGUUCAAUGUACCGGUUCACUUCUAUCACUUAUUCUGCUAUGCAUGUUGUUACACCCAGAGUAAUGACAUUAAGAGAGACUGAGUACUUCAAAAGCUGCAUCUGGAAGCCACAUUUAAGUGCUUGAUCUGAAGUACCAUGUUGGGAUUAAUGUUAUGUUGUACAUUUGUGCUCUGUGGAGUGUCAAUGUGUUAGGUCAAGUUUGGAGAUGCACAUUUAAUGCUUGCAGAACACUUGUUGGAAAAUUGAGGGUUCUGAAGUGCAAAAGCACUGUCAACACUCUGACCAAAGGGGAUCACAGCUGUAAGGCCAGAUGUCAAUGUUAAAGAAUUUAGAGCAAAUAAAAAUGCUAACAAUUUC